AUGGUUGCCACCCUCUUUGCAAUCAAGUCUCAUUACCGUAAGCAAUCGAAGAAGCCCAUCCCAAAAAAUGAGGUAGUAGAAAUUGUUCCUCCCUCAAAACGCCUUCUUGAUCCUCUUCCUACUGCGCCUUCAGCUGCAGAUCCACAUCAGCGUAUCAUCGGAAAGAUCGACAGGUCAGCUUUAACCAUGUAUCUGCAGAUUCUUGCCAGCAGUGACUAUGUUCUCCCUACCGCGGAUGCCGAUCCCAUCUCGCCUGAAACCAUACAGAAGUCGCCUCGCACCAAAAAAAUUAGGCGCAGACAACUGGGAGAUAAGGCAUCCUCAAAAAACAGGCGUUCAUCUAUCAUCCUUCGUAGUGCUUUGCUUGAGGAAGAUGAGAAACUUUCUAAAGAACUACUUUUUAAGCAGACGCUUGCUUUGGGUGUCUCUGAUGUAGUUCGAGACGCCUUAAUCAAACAUGAGCUUUCUUUGGCUGAUUUUCGACCAUUAAAAGCCCCCUUUGUGCCGUACAUCCUAAAGGUCCUCGUCAACGCCAUUGAAGCCGAUUGCAACCGUCUGGGCUGGGAUAUUAUCUUCAACCAGUCCAUCUGCACCCAAAAUAGCUUGGUGGAACUCUAUGCUUGUCUCCUUAUCCAAAACUGGAAUCAUCAUCACCACGUGAAGCGUCAAGUAGAUGCGCUUUCUCUACCACUAAAAAUAGCUACUCUUAGAUUUCUUCUCGCGGGUUUCAAACAAAAACCUCUUCACUUCAAUAAACAAGUCCUCAAGGAGGUAAUUAAAAAACCGCUAUUUGAUCUCUUUUUGCGUCCAAAUCCAAACAUAAAGACCCUAGUUCGUCACACCGCAUUGCCAUGUAAUCGAACUACAAUGGACACUCUGGCAUUCAUGAUGUUCCACUUGCAACAUGCGUGGGAGCAUGGCGCCAAUCCCAUCUCUACGAGAGGCAUUUUGGCAAAGCUCUACGGUCCUCUCUUGGUGAGUUUCUCUGAACGUCCUUCAAUCAUUGAUCAGGACCCAAUGGACUACAAGACGGAGGAGGCGGCUAUUCUGGAGGUCGUGCUAGAGGUCUGCAACUCCCAAUUUUGGGACAAUAUGAGUAUGCUAAAGUUGCAUUUGGCCUUUGACUCUGAAAAUUGGAGGAGAAGGAGCAAAGCGGAUGCAAAUGAAGAGAAUAAGAAAGAGGAGGACGAGCAGGAGGAGGAGGAGAAGGAAGAGGUUGAGGAGGACGAGAAGGAGGAGGAAAGAAUAGACUCAUUGGAAGACCUAAAUGUAAAAACAUCGGAUGAUCCCUCGGAGUAUGAGAAUGAGGCGUGGUUCUCAACCCUCUUUGCCCUCAAUAAGUGCGUGAUGGAGCCGCCACCCACAGCUUCGAAUCCACAAUCACUCCCGUGA